AUGACGCAGAAAGUAGUCGUAGUUGGAGCCGGGCCAGUUGGCUCGCUGGCGGCGCUCUAUGCGGCUGUGCGUGGAUAUGAGGUAGAUGUCUACGAACUAAGAGCAGAUCUUCGAGACCCUAACACUACACCACUAAACUUCUCAAAGUCCAUCAACCUUGCUCUCUCUGAGCGAGGUAUACACUCCCUUCGCGAGACAGGACUAUCCGACCUUGCCGAUGCGGUACUGGCGGAAACAUUUCCUAUGCAUGGUCGCAUGAUUCAUAUAAGGAAAAAUGGAGAGUAUGUUCGACAACCGCAGAUCUAUGAUGCGAGAGGAAGAAGCUUGCUGGCUAUGGAUCGAACGGGUCUGAAUAAAACAUUGCUCGACCAUCUGGAGGCCAUGCCGAAUGUAAAGCUCAUGUUCAACCACAAAUUGGUCGGCGCAGACUUUCGAAAGAAGACAGCAUGGUUCGAGCAUCGAACUAAGUCUCCUGAAGAGCAGGGCGACGAGUUCGAGAUCAACUUCGACCUCAUGAUCGGUGCCGAUGGUGCACACUCCGCGGUUCGGUAUCACCUGAUGAAGUUUGUUCCCAUGUCGUUCCAGCAAGAGUACAUUGACAAACUCUGGUGCCAAUUUCACGUUCCUCCCUCGCCCAACGGCGACUUCCGUAUACCUCCCAAUUACCUCCACAUCUGGCCUCAAGAUGAGUCUAUGUUCAUUGCACUUCCGAACCUCGACAAGACAUUCACGUCUACGCUGUUCUUGACUAGAGAAGGAUUCGAGCAGUUGGAUGCAUCUGGAAAAGUCGUCGAGUACUUUGAUGAGAAGUUCCCAGGCGUUGUACCAGAUCUGAUCACGGAAAACGACCUCCGCGAGCAGUACACGUCCAAUCAGCACCUGCCUUUAAUCUCGAUCAAAUGCACUCCAUAUCACUAUGAAGAUUGUGGCGUCAUUGUCGGCGAUGCCGCGCAUGCUAUGGUACCGUUCUAUGGUCAAGGGAUGAAUGCUGGACUGGAAGAUGUUCGCGUUCUGUUUGACUUCAUUGACAAGCAUCCAAACGAUCGGUCCAAGGCCUUAAGAGAAUACACUAAAGAGCGAACUCCCGAUGCACAUGCCAUUAACGAUCUUGCCAUGGGCAAUUAUCGCGAGAUGGCGAGUGAUGUCAAGAAACCGCUAUAUCUAUUGCGGAAGUGGGUGGAAGAGCAGCUCUACCUUUACGUUCCGAGCGCUGGCUGGGCCACUCAGUAUUCGCGUGUCACAUUUAGUAACUUGCGAUACUCCAAAGUUAUCCAAGCGUCCCAAAGACAAGCUAAGAUACUGCACGGGGUAGUUGGCUUAGCGCUUGCUUCUGUCGCCGUCACUGCAUUCUGGUUUGCGAGAUCCGGCGGUGCACAACAAGCGAAGAUGGGAAUUAUGAGGUCAAUUUGCAUAGUUGUACAGAGAAUGCAAAAGCUCACAGAAAGGUGA